GAUUGGUGGAGGGCAGAAGGCCCCGCCCCUCCCCGCGCGGGGCAGGGUCCGUCGAGAGAAGUGGUGUGGGUGCGGGGCAGUGGGUACCGGUGUGCGGCGGGUGCGGGAUGUCCGGGCUGGUUCUGCUGUGCGCGGCCACGCUGGCACUGCUGGCGACCGGCGGGGCCAUCCCGCCGCCGGAGGAGGCGGCGCGCAUGGCGCGCUUCGUGCUGCACAACUGCGACUGGGGCGCGCUCGCCACCCUCUCCGCGCAGGAGGGGCUGCGCGGGCAUCCCUUCGCCAACAUCUUUUCCCUCAGUGACGGCCCCCCCGGGCCCUCCGGCGGCAGCGGCGUCCCCUACCUUUACCUGACCGACAUGGAGAUCUCCGUGCAGGACCUGGAGAUCAAUUCAAAUGCCUCCUUAACUGUGUCUUUGGCACAGACUCCUUACUGCAAGAAGCACAGAUAUGAUCCCCAGAAUCCUCUCUGUGCCCACAUAAUUUUCUGUGGGAGUAUUGUAAAGGUGAAUGAUUCAGAAGCAGACUUGGCAAAAAAAGCAUUAUUCAGUCGCCACCCUGAAAUGGAAAGUUGGCCUAAGGAUCAUAAUUGGUUCUUUGCCAAAUUCAACAUCACCAAUAUUUGGGUUCUGGACUACUUUGGUGGAUUGAAAAUUGUGACACCAGAAGAAUAUUACAGCGUCAAGCCUUAGUGGAAGAAGACCACUGAUGAUGGUGAUACAGAAAUGAAUUAUUUUGGCUGUUUCAUAAAAGAUUUAUUUUUGUCUAUGUGUUAUAGAGCUCAAUUAAUAUAAAAAAAUCAAACCCCUUGUAUUGUAUAACCUUUUUGAAGCAAAUGUAAAUUCUCACUAACUAGCACAACUUGAAUUGUGUCAUUCUCAAAAAUCUUCAUGCAUAAGCCAUAACUAAAUUCAAUUCAUUGGAUGUGAUUCUGGAAAGAUGUCAGUCUGUUGACAGUCUGCAUUCAGAAAUGCCAGGUUUACUGGUAACUAAAGGAUUAAUCUACUUCUAAACCUUUCAGUGCCUUAAGUAAUACCUGUUGGAGCACUCUCCAAUCUUACUUUCUUUUUAAUACCAGUUUAGUUUGAAUCUUUAUGGCAAAGUACAACAGGAUGUCUCAGCUGACUGCAGAAUGGAAAGCAUCAUUUGUAUUACAAUGGCAAAAGGUGUGCCAGGUUGCCCAGUUUUGUUGAGAAUUUUCUUUGCACGCCAAUACACUCACUUGUUUGAGCCAGUUUUUGAGUUUGCUACCUGUAUUUAAUGUGCUAUAGAAUACAACCACGUUCAUGCAAACUAUGUAUACCUCAUGAUAAGUUCAUGUUAACUCUUGAACUGACAGUAGCUAUAUACCCUGACUCUUUUUAAUAGAAGCAGGGUGGUAAUGAGUAUACUUGAGUAUAAGAGGAGUAAUGGCUCAUAAAUUCAGUGAGAACGUUGUAAAGGGUAAAUGUUUUCUGAUUAGGAUUCUGAAAUCUUCAGCUUUGUUACUCUGAUCAAGUGGCGGUGUUCCAGCUUUUGUUACCCUCAACGGGAGAACUGAGCAGAUUUUUUGUUUUGGAAGUCGUACAGAAUGAUUUUUGGGUUAGCAGCCUAGAAGUGAGAAGGGAGCAAUGCAGUAUAAGACAAAUGAUUCAUAACUUAUAGAGAGUGAAAAUUAAUGUAAAGUGUGCAUAAUUGAUUCUAUGCUAAAAUAAGCUGCACACAACCACAACAAAAAAAUUAACUUUUCACAUCCACUUUCCUCUCCAAUGUGUUCACAAAUAUCCAAAAGCAUUCAUAAACAAGUUGAUUUUUACAAUAAACAAAUACUACCUAGUUAUCCGUAAAAAAUGCAAGAAUUUAGACUUCUUGGAGGCAGACUUGUAUAGAGAACAGUAGAAUUCAUCACAUCUUUACAUCUUAAUGUUUUAUUUACUUGUUGUUGUUACUUGUCUCAAAUACUGGAAUGAUUUGUGAAAGUAUUUUUGAUGUAACUUAAGAAGUUUUCCUUUUCCACAAGGGAGGAAAAAGAGUACUUGUUACUGUAUCUACUGUUUUAAAAUUAAUUUAGGAUCAAAAGAACCCCUUGCAAUAUAGGAAUAAUUUCUGUUGAACAGAUAACAUUGACAUUAAGUAUGAAAUGGGAGAAUAUUUUGAUAUAAGGCAUAACAACUGUGGGAACUCAAAUGAUCCUCUGGUAUGGACUCUAUCCUUAGCAUGAGACACCUGAAUGCAUUACAUCACUCCAUAACUCUUGAUAUGUGAAACUGAUGAUGCUGGGCUUUUGUUAAUAUUAAAAUAUUUUUUGGUAA